AUGGCCGAUGUUUAUGGAGGCGCCUCUUUCACAAUCGCGGCAGAAGCAGCCAUAGAUACUGCUUCUGGCAUCUUUGACAGCACCAAUGUUUUCCGCCAACAGCAGAGCCAAAUUUUCAAUUUCUCGGUCAAAGGGUAUCAUCCCCUUUAUCCUAGAGACAACGGGAGGCUAUAUAUGAGGGAUUCCGUAGACUUGCAACCAUCUACACUUAAAAGCUGUCUGAAAAAUCGUGCUUGGGCUUUGCAGGAAGAUUUAAUGUCGCGGCGCUUGAUUAGCUUCGGGAAAGAACAAUUGUACUGGAGAUGCGCCACGCGAGAACUCAUCGAGGCAUAUCCCUCUCAGCCAUUGAACUCUAUAAAAUUACAGUUAUCGGAAGACUACCACACCGAUUUUGUAUCCCGGAAUAUGAAGUCAGGUAAUACGACAUUGCCUUCGUGGUACGGUAUCGUGAAUGAUUAUACUAGUCGUCGUAUAUCCGUUCAAAGCGAUUUGUUAGUCGGUAUUUCGGCUAUUGCCAAGGUUAUGGCCGAAGAGAUGGGCCAGCCCCCGGCUGCGUACAAAGCAGGUCUUUGGGAACAUGCCUUCCUCGAGGGUCUUCUUUGA